ACAAGAUGAUCAUGAGAUCUUUAACAACUUGUCAAUUCUGUGGCUUGUCUUUUCUCCUAAUUCUUUUGGCCCUUCUUCUAAGCCCGGAGGCGCAAGGAGCCACCUUCGAGAUUCGUAACAACUGCCCUUAUACUGUUUGGGCUGCCGCCUCGCCUGGAGGGGGGCGUCAACUGGACCACGGUCAAGUAUGGUUUCUAGAUGUUGCUGCCGGAACAAAGAUGGCUCGAAUUUGGGGACGGACUAACUGCAACUUUGAUUGGAGCGGCAGGGGUCAUUGCCAGACAGGGGACUGCGGUGGGGUUCUCCAGUGCACCGGAUGGGGAGUGCCUCCGAAUACCUUGGCAGAGUACGCCCUGAACCAGUUCAACAACCUAGACUUUUGGGACAUAUCUCUCGUAGAUGGAUUCAAUAUCCCUAUGGAGUUUGGCCCGACUUGGUCGGGCCAGGGGAAAUGCCACCCCAUCUCUUGCACAGCCAACAUUAACGGGGAGUGCCCGAAUGAACUCAGGACUGCGGGUGGAUGCAAUAAUCCGUGUACAGUUUUCAGAACACCUCAAUUUUGUUGCACCAACGGCCCUUGUGGAGCUACAGAUUUAUCGAGGUUUUUUAAAGCAAGGUGCCCGGAUGCCUAUAGUUAUCCUCAGGAUGAUGCCAGUAGCACAUUCACCUGCCCAGGUGGGACUAACUAUAAGGUGGUGUUUUGCCCACUUGGUGCAACCAAUAAUAAUACUAAUCUUCCUCUUAAAAUGUAUGGAUCUGAAUGAAAAAUUGGAUAAAAUAACACCAAUUGUAUCAG